GUUUGUACCGACAAAGGCAUGUCCCGGCAAUUUGAGCGGUACGUGCCAGAGUUUUGCAUCGGAUUGCUGGGCCUUGGGGCCUCCCUUGGAACAUUGCUUUUGCCAAGAGGGCUUUGCGCCCGAAGCCACAGCCUAUUUCGAGCGUGACAUCAUGGGUGUAUUCUAUUACCAAUGCUGUCCCAGCACUGGCACUGCUGCGGUGGGUUGCGAACCGCCAACACGCCAUCUGCAGCAAGUACAAGUUAUGUUGAUUGCAGGUGUUGUUCUCUUCUGUGCGGGUACGAUCGGAAUCCUGAUCACCUUGGCUCCGCGGGCUCAAAGGAAACCUCUGUCAUUGGAUCCAGGGGACGAGAGAUGGUGCCGCAAUGCAUCACGCAGUCCCGAUGCACAGGUGGUGCGUGACUCUGGAAGAUCUGCGCCAGUUCCGCCGACUUAUCAUGCAUGCAGUGGCCCAGGGAGAGAUACGCCCACACGCAAGGGACAUGUUCGACAGUUCUGA